AUGACCAAAGUUUCCAUUAACGGUUUCGGUAGAAUUGGUAGAAUUGUUCUAAGAAUCGCUUUGUCCAGACCAAACAUCGAGGUUGUGGCCAUCAACGAUCCUUUCAUCGCCACUGACUAUGCUGCUUACAUGUUCAAGUACGACUCUACCCACGGUCAAUACGAGGGUACUGUUACCCACGAUGACAAGCACAUUAUCAUUGACGGUAAGAAGAUUGCUGUAUUCCAAGAAAGAGACCCAGCUCAAUUGCCAUGGGGUAAGCUAGGUAUCGAUGUCGCCAUUGACUCUACCGGUGUUUUCAAGGAAUUGGACUCUGCUCAAAAGCACAUUGACGCUGGUGCCAAGAAGGUUGUCAUCACUGCUCCAUCUUCCACCGCCCCAAUGUUCGUUGUUGGUGUCAACGAUGACAAAUACGCUGGUCAAACCAUUGUUUCCAACGCUUCUUGUACCACCAACUGUUUGGCUCCAUUGGCUAAGGUUAUUAACGACAACUUCGGUAUUGAAGAGGGUUUGAUGACCACCGUGCACUCUAUGACUGCUACCCAGAAGACAGUCGAUGGUCCAUCUCACAAGGACUGGAGAGGUGGUAGAACGGCUUCCGACAACAUCAUCCCAUCUUCCACAGGUGCUGCCAAGGCUGUCGGUAAGGUGUUGCCAGUCUUGCAAGGUAAGUUGACCGGUAUGGCUUUCAGAGUUCCAACCGUUGAUGUUUCCGUUGUUGACUUGACCGCUAAGUUGGAAAAGGCUACUACCUACGAUGAGAUCAAGGCUGCCGUCAAGAAGGCUUCUGAAGGUGCCAUGAAGGGUGUCUUGGGUUACACUGAAGAUUCCGUUGUUUCUUCUGACUUCUUGGGUGACUCUCACUCUUCCAUCUUCGAUGCUUCCGCCGGUAUCAUGUUGUCUCCAAAGUUCGUCAAGUUGGUUUCCUGGUACGAUAACGAAUACGGUUACUCUACCAGAGUCGUGGACUUGGUUCAAAAGGUUGCCAAAUAA